AUGGCUACUCCCACCAUCGUCGAUCCACCACCACUAACGGCGGACAACACCCCCACCACCACCGUCAUACCGCCACCACCUCAACAACCCGAAGAUACCUCGCCUGUCGCCAAUAAUACCUCAGAAACCCAUCCACAAUCCCUGGAAUUACAACCACAGCCACCGUCUCUACAAUUUCUCGAUUCAAUCACUGAACUGAAAAACCUUUCCGGCGCCCUUGCUGCCUUCCACCAAUGCUAUGAUGAUCUACACAAUCACCUCGAUUCCAUCGAGGCAGCCAUUUUGUCGAAAUUAACCCCGGAAAAACUAGAUAUUACAACAGUUCCCCUCUCUUCAUCACCGUGCAAGGAAUUGGCUCUUGUUUCCGAGGAAAAAGAAUUCCCAAAACAAGAGCCACCGCAACCCAAAAAAUCUGAGCUUGAAAGCCUCUUUAAAAUGAUGUGCAGCGGCGACCUCCGAAGAUACUUGGCUUCAAACCUCAAUGACCUUCCCAAGCUUCGCGAAGAAGUGCCAAAGGCUAUGAAACUCGCAAUGAAUCCUGCGAAAUUAGUUCUGGAAUGUUUUGGGAAGUUCUUUUUGCAGGGUAGUAAGGCAUAUGUUAAGGAUUCGCCAAUGAUUCCAGCUCGAGAAGCAUCAGUUUUUAUGUUGGAGUGCUUUUUGUUGAUGAUGGGGAUGAAUGAAACUGAUGGAGUUGGUAGUGGGGUUGUGAAGAUUGAAAAAGAGGUGAAGGAGGAGGCAGAAAAUUCGGCUGUGGCGUGGCGGAAGAGGUUGGUGGUUGAAGGGGGUCUCCACAAGGCAUGUGAUAUCGAUGCACGUGGUCUUUUUCUGUUUGUCUCGUGUUUUGGGAUCCCUGUAUCGUUUAAGAAAGAGGAUAUUCGAGAUUUGCUGAGGGCGAGUAACACAAAGGAGAUCUUGGGUAUUCUGCAAAGGUCCAGCGUGCUAAUGAACAAACUUUCAGCGUCAAUAGAUGAAAUGAUGAAGAAUAAAAUGGAAGUGGAUGCUGUUGAUAUCAUUUAUACCUUUGGGUUAGAGGAGAAGUUUAAUCCUCAAGCAAUGUUGAUAUCAUUUCUACGUGAAUUGAAAGAAUCUUCGAAAAAGGCAAAACAACUGGCACAGGGUUCAUCUAUGGCGCUGAAUGAAGCCAAUAAGAAGCAGUUAGCUGCUUUAAAAUCUGUUGUCAAAUGUUUAGAAAAGCACAAGAUUGAUCCUGCAAAACUUCUUUCUGGAUGGCAAAUCAAUUCAAAGAUUCUGACUCUAGAAAAAGAUAUUGCCGCAUCUGAUAAUAAAACAGGAGAGAAAAAUGCCCAAAAGAGAAGAACAGAAGAAACCGAUGCAUUAAAAAGGUCUAGGACUCAAGAAGCAAAACGUCCGCGUUUAACCAGUCAUGGUUCACACCAGCAAGUAACUGCUGGUCAUUUCGAUAGCAGAAGAAACCUUUUGGAUAAUGGAGUUCCUGCUCAUGCUGUUAAUUAUUCUGUUUCCACACCUGUAGUGUAUGGUGGACCUGGCGCUGGCAUGCUCCCCCCAUCUGGAGUUGGAAUGAGUAUAUCAGCUAGUCAUAGUGGCCAUCUUCCAACUGGUUCACAUGCAUGGAGUGGUGAUGCAGCCUUGAGUGCAAGGUAUGCUGGACAAUCGUCGUUACUCGGGCUUACUAGCUUGUACAGACCGACACUGUCCUUGGAAGGUUUCCCGGGGAUGCCAAAUGUCUCGUCAGUUAGUGCUGCAAGUCGAGGAUCUGGCUCUGAUCUUUAUCAGUUUGCUGAUUCUGUCGUAGAAAGUGAAUCAUAUCAGAGCAGUAUUCCUCCUCACAGCGUUCCUGGCGCUUUGCCUGCCUAUCAUUCGCCAUACUUGUACUAG